UUAACACUGUCUGUCUCUGUGGUAGAUUGCAGUGCCACCAGUUGGCUUCAACUGGCACUAAAAGGGUGAUAAGAAAUGGCCGAACGAGAGAUUGAUGCCGCAGAGGGGAAGGAAAAAUCAUACAAACCCAGUCAUUCCAAACCUGAACAUACAGUGGCAACCUCAAGCAAAGCAGCUUCUCAGCCUCAGAGCCCAUCGUUGACCAAUGCUGUACCAGACAUGGCGUCCAGCAUUGGCUCAGAGGAAAAUAGCAACUACUGUGAGGCUCUAGAAGCCACGUUGGAGGCUCUGCAGAGCAGGGCACAGAGGCUGGUUGAUAAAAUUAAUGAAGGGCGCACUAAGGACCAGGAGCUAAUGAAGAGCUUUAAUGAAAGCCUUGCAAUGAAGGUCACUGAAGUCUCCCAACGCCUGGAAGAAAGGAUGUAUAUUCUUUAUGACUGUCACAAUAAUCUACUUCAAGACAGGUUGCAAGAGCUCUCGGAAACUGUAGAUCGAAUCAGACAAGUGCAGGCUGAGCUUAAAACAGUCUGUGAGACGGUAGUUAACCUCUACAGAGACCUCUGCGUGCUUCCAUAAUAUUCAAGAAGUAACAACUUUAGAGCUUAAAUUUGCCAUAUGCACUCAAUGUAAAAACACACAAACAGGGAGAAAUGGUCAAUAUUAAAUAUAGCCAAUUGUUUAACAAUGUUUGACAGUGUGAAAUAAUUUAUAAUCAGACAUGGAUAGUUUCAAAGUUAAACAGACUAACAACAAACACUAAGAUUAGUUACAGUCUGUCUCACAUUCUUUACCCCUAUGUAAGUCAUUUUCACAGAUUUAUACACAAGUAGCCAAGAGAUCGCUUGCUAUUCACAACAGACAUCACCCGUGAUGCUCUGCAAAUAUGAAAUUCCACAACUAAAA